GUGCAACUUCGCACCCACCAGCGCAACAUAUUUCAAAAUAUUGAAAAUAUGAGCAGGAGAAGAAUUCCUUUAAGCUCGCGUCCUACACCAAUUCCAACAUUUGCAGCAAAUUCAUCGUUCAAUAACGAGUUUUCUGAGCCGAUAAUUAAACAUAUUCAGUUUAUUCAAACUCAUAACGUUUCACAGAAAAAUGAAAUUGUCAAUGAAUUUAUCAUUUUCAUGUUUACACUUAUUGCUGCCAGUUCACAAUUCGUGCAUCUCUACAGAUCUGUAUGGUGGUUUCCUGACUCUUACACAAAUUACACAGUCAAUUUUUAUUUAAUCGACACCAGUCUUGUGUUGUUUAUUUUUGUAAUGAUUGGUCGGAGAUUCUUUUAUUGUCUUUUAAUGAAAAUUCUUGAAAUCAGUUGCCCUGUGAAACAUCUUCCGAUAGCUGAGAAGUCACUAAAGAUAUUAUUUCUUGGAGUUCUGGAAGCCAUUUUUUUAAUUUGUAAUGUGAAAAUAUUUCAGAACUUGAACAUCGUAUACAUAUUUUAUCUUCUGUAUCCUAUUAUUUUAUAUCUCGUCAUUUUCAAAUGCAAAAUUGAUCCAUUUUUGAAGAUUAAUCACAACAAAGAUAUGCCAUAUCUUGGUGGUCAAGAACCUGUUCACAGCUGUAGUAAUAAUGCCAUGGACAUUCGGCAAGAAGUUUAUCUCCUAAGAGGCGAUUUCAACAAUCGAUUCAAGCAAAUUAUAUUCACAUCAGUUUUGAAUUCUUAUUAUGCGAGUUUCAUUCCUUGGUGUUUUGUCAAUAAGCAUUUAUUCUACAGUAAGUUUUGGGUCACACAACAUCUCUUCUUCACAUGGAUCAGUCUUUUUACGAUGUGUGCCGGUUAUUGUUUUCCAAUUAAAUAUUGUGACGUUUUACAUCGGUCAGCAAUUCAUCUUGGUCAGUGGGCGAAGCUUUCACCUAGAGCGACACAUGCACCGCCACAAAAUUGGAGUAAAACACAAAUUUUCCCUUAUGGAAGUUAUGUGAAAUACUCUGGCGAGGUUUAUAAAUCAAUUUCUGAAUGCACAAGCGCUUUUCCAUCUGAUGGCGGUCAUCAACGCUUUUAUAUUCUUUUUAAGAACCCUUCAAUGUUAUAUUUAAUCAUUUGCAGCAUUCAAGUGAUGACAGUUUUAUUCCAACUUAUACUUCUGUUUUAUAGCCGCGAAUAUCAAUACAUUAUCAGUAUUGGUCUUCUACUCAUUACCAAUUACUACACACUUUUCAAGCUCAUACGAGAUUAUCUGAUUGUAAAGAAUAUUUAUCAAACUAAUAACAAUAACAACAGUAAUCAAAGUAAUAACAGCAGUGGAACAUAACUCAAGUUCUGAAAACCUGAAAAUAAAUUUAAAAGUAAUUUUAAUAAACCUACCACUUGAAUAAAUAUUAA